UCGCUUCCAAAUCUGUCUGUGCUUGCUAGACACCCACGUUGCCAGAACAUCCCCAGAUUCUUUUUUUCUUCAGAACUCCAGAAGCUACCAAUCCUAGGACGAGGUAAAUCUGUCUGUGCUGAGUUCACGUUAUCCAUUUUCUCAAUCAAAGUCCCAACUCUAAUUUUCAAUGGCUGAAUCAACAAAGAGAUAUGCAGUUGUUACAGGGGCGAAUAAGGGGAUUGGGUUUGAAAUAGUUAGACAGUUGGCUUCAAACGGGAUCGUAGUGGUGUUAACAGCAAGAGAUGAGAAGAGGGGUCUUGAAGCUCUGCAGAAACUGCAACACUCCGGUCUCUCAGAUCAAGUGGUUUUCCAUCAGCUUGAUGUGUCUGACCCUGCUAGCAUUACUUCUUUCGCAGAUUUCAUCAAAACCCAGUUCGGGAAACUUGAUAUCUUGGUGAACAACGCAGGGAUUGGUGGAGUGAAAGUAGAUGCUGAUGUUGGGGCAGGAGCCGGAAUUGAUCGGAGUAAACUGAUUCAGAAUUAUGAGUUAGCUGAAGAAUGCUUGCAAACAAACUCCUAUGGUGCUAGAAGAAUGGCUGAGGCACUCAUUUCUGUCCUUCAAUUGUCCAGUUCACCAAGGAUUGUUAACAUUUCAUCGUCCAUGGGGAAGUUAGAGAACAUUCAAAAUAAAUGGGCUGAAGGAAUUUUAGGUGAUGCUGAAAACCUUACUGAAGAAAAAGUGGAUGAGGUGUUGAAGGAGUUUCUAAAAGAUUUUAAAGAAGGUUCUCUAGCAUCCAAAGGGUGGCCAACUUUUCUAUCUGCCUAUACAGUCUCAAAAGCAGCCAUGAAUGCCUACACAAGAAUCCUGGCCAAAAAGUAUCCAAGUUUCUGCAUCAACUGUGUCUGCCCUGGCUUUGUCAAGACAGAUAUCAAUCGAAACACUGGCAUAUUACCUGUUGAAGAGGGUGCUUCAAGUCCGGUGAGGUUAGCCCUGCUGCCCAAUGGCAGUCCUUCCGGCCUCUUUUUUGUUCGGAAGGAAGUGUCUUCUUUCUGAGCAUUACAAUAAAAUAUAUAUAGCCUUUGUACGAGAGUAAAUACAAAGAAAUGGAAAGGCUAUCUAAAUAUCUGUACUUUCAAUUGGAGUAGCUGUUAUAUUUUUACUCAAUUACAUGUUUAUUCAAGUGUUGCUGCACUUGAUCAGAAACUGGGAUAUAAAGUUUCCAGGUGAGAUGAAUAUAUCUAUAUUUGUUAGGUUCGGUUA